AUGCCGGUGUUGCUCGACCUCCCCGUGGAGAUCUGGCUCGCAAUCAGCGACUGGUUGGCGCCGACGGACCGGGUGGCGUUGCUUGAUGCGCUAGCAGGGCACCCGCCGCUGGCGUUGAUCUACCGCCACCUCUGCCACCACCCGAUCAAAGUGGUGGUGACUAAUUGCUGGCCUCAGAGCGAUCCUCAUAAGUUUACCGUGGAGCAAUGGCUUGGGAUUGAUCACCACUUGGAUCAAGUGCAUAUGGCUUUCCAAGCAGACUCUCAGUACCACUGUCCGCUGGAGUUUGAGCGCCAUGAGUUCCAGACCCUCGCUCGUCUACCUGAAGUGAAAUCGACGUCGUGGGACUAUAGAUGGGGACUGCCACCUGAUCUCCGGUUGAAAACUCGUGAAUUGGUCCUGGAUCUGGCGCUGUUGUUCUUUAACCGGCCUAACUUGACUAAGGUAACGAUAACCGAAUUAGACGGCGACGUCGACCUCGUGAAGUUCCCUUUAUUGAAACAAGUGGUGGUGCAAGCGUGUUGUCGCCACGCCCGCUUGGUGGUGCCGGGGCUGGUGCUGGUGUUCAAAGUGACGGGUGCUAAGGAUAGUCGCUUGAAUGUUGAAUGGCCUCAGGGGGCAUUGUACGUACAAGAAAUUGAUGUUCGGGGAGUGAAAGUCGACUGGGAACCAACAUCGAUGCCGUUACUUCAAUUGUUUAAUUGGGACUGUGAUAGUCCCCUGCCAGUGGACUUUAUGCCCGUAACCUCGGUGUAUGCUGAAGGACCCAUUCUCACUCAAAUACCAGAAAACCGUACAAAAUUCAUUGCUGAGCUUAACCUUGUGGGUUUAAAACUUACAUGGUUACCCGAAGAUCUAGGGGGUUGUGUGGAACGGCUCCGUAUCGCCGAUAAUCUGCUCACCACUCUUAGACUCAGUGGCAACCGGUUGCUUCGAGUAUAUGCUGAUAAUAACCCUCAGCUCUACCUGGUGGAGCUUCCCCAGCAAACAAGCUACCUUUCGCUUGACUCGUGUGGGGUAUAUCUGGUGGAUCGUAUAUCACCAGUGACCUAUCUUUCUCUUCGAGAUAAUUCCUUAUCCCCCCACCAAGAUCUUCGCCAUAUGCCUGAUCUCACCACCCUUAUCAUUAACGAAUCAUUGGAGAAGCUAUACGGCGUACCAGUAUCCACCACAUUGGAUUGGCUGAAGAUUAUCGAGGUACAAUUCCAAGGGUUCCCCGUGAACGUUAUCCCGCCGCAAGUACCUCAAAUGGAUAUCCACAUGCCUGAAGUCCCAUUUAAGUAUCACGAAGACGUGGCCUCAGUGAACAUCGAUGUCGCCUUCUACCCGGAAACUCGCCUACCUCAGCUCCCCGCUCAGCUUCAACAUCUCCGACUCCACCGGACCAAAUUGGUCACUUUCCCUUCGUUGGAACUGCAGGUGGUCGACAACUUGUGGACCCAGCUACCUCGACUUAACUGGCUCCGUCGUCUAGAAAUUACUGAUAGCAUCUGUCUAGAUCUUGACAUGCCGGUGCUCCUUCCGAUGCUGGUGGAGUGGGUCCUGCUUAAUGUCAACCCUGAGAAUCAAGACCUAGAGAUCCGUUUCGACGGUACGGGACCUACUCAGCUCAAAUCGCUUCUGAUUGAUAACGGGGUGAUGAUCCCGCUCCACUGGAGCUGGCUGCUGAUCGGCCAUAAUACUAAUACCUGGCACCCCAAACUCGCCCGGAUCCGCACGCAAUGGGCUCCAGGCAUGCAACGUGGCCACGAGUGGGUCAUGCCAUGGGCUAGGGAGAUUGCGGCACUGGUGUUUGCUGAUGCUCCCGACGACUUCCUAGGGUUUUGGUAUGAUGGCCACCACUUCCACCGAGACUAG